AAAAAAAAACGCCAUCAAGCGCAAGCCGAGAAAUGACGUCAUCAUCACCGCCUCCAAGACCUUCAAUGCUUUUGUACUGGCACGAGAGCCAGUACGACGACCGGAACGUCCAGAUUCACGGCCGGACGAUCUUCUCCGUCGUGGCUCUACUCUCCGUUAUCCUCUUCUUCGCCUUGCUCACUCUCUACAUCCACCGGAGCUGCCUCGUUCGCGAUACCAUCUACCUCAACGCGCCGUCUCCUCCGUUAACACCGUGUGUUAGUAGCGGAGGUCUUGACCCGGCGGAGAUACGGAGUAUACCGGUGGUGCUAUGCCGGAGAGAAGCUGCGGAGGAGGAGGAGAGGGAGUGUUGCAUAUGCCUCGGUGGUUUGGAAGAGGGAGAGAAGAUGAAAGUGCUUCCUAUGUGUCGCCAUUGUUACCACUGUGAAUGUGUGGAUAGGUGGCUUAUGACUGAGUCGAGUUGUCCCCUAUGCCGAGUCUCUAUCCGAGUCGACUCGUCUGUGUCGUUGCAAUGAGACUGCGAGAGGGCGUGGUGAGUGAUAGUGAGUAAAGAUAUUUG